CCGAUAUAACUCCGGUCCACGUUGAGCUCAGGGGAAUUGGAUACGCGCUAUCGAGCAAUCAAACCAGGACCAAUGACUGCCACGCACUGAUGGAAUGUGGAGUUUGACGGCGGGUGAUGAAGCUCAGGAGGGGCUGUGGUCCGUCCGUCGUUCGAGAAAAGAACAGGAGGAAAAAAAACUAAUACAAGAAGAAAAGGAGUCGGGAUGUUGACGUCCGUGUCAGCCGUCACGUGGGAUGCCAAUAAAUAACCUCCGUCGCGCUGUUGAUCUCGACCCAAAGCUCCUUACUCUGUUUUGUUCCCUCUUCACACUACUUUCCUAGCUUGUUCUGUACAGUUUUCUGUUGAUUUUUCGCCAUUUUCAUCAUCAACCGUCAAAAUGCCGGGUGUUCCUCCCAAUGCUAUCGCCCAGUUGAAGAAGGGCCUCAAGGCCAUGUUUCGUAACAAGAAGAAGGAUGCUAAGAAGCAGAAGGAACAGCCUCCAGGAAAUCCUGCAGAGACAAAGCCUACUACGCAGACUACCGUUGCUGGUGGUGCUGCUGCCGGUGCUCCUGCUGCUCCUGCUCCUGCUCCCGCCCCUGCCCCUGCUGCUGAAUCCAAGCCCACGGAACAAGCACCAGCGCAGCCCACAGUUGAAUUAGAAGCUCCGGCCGCGGCUCCCGCUGACAAGCCCGCUGACAAGCCCGCCGACAAGCCCGCAGAAGCGUCGCAACCCACCGAAACAAAACCUGACACUGCUGCCGCUCCUGCGCCUGCGCCUGCGCCUGCUCCUGCUCCCGCUACAGAGACUCCUGCUCCUGAGCCCAAGACGGACGCACCCGCCCAAGAGCAAAAGCCCGAAGCCGCCGCUCCAGCUGAACUUGCCGCUCCCGCCCCCGCCCCGGCUGCGGAAACAAAGAUUGAGACUCCUGCUCCCGAAUCGAAGCCAGAGACUGCUCCUGAGGCCCCUGCCCCAGUUGCUGCCCCUGCUACUUCUACUCCUGCUUCGCCCCCAUCGCCCAAGUCCGAAGCCCCGGCCACUGAAGCACCUGCUGCUCAGCCUGCCGAGGAGAAGCCUGCCGAAGCUGAGAAGCCUGCCGAGGAAAAACCCGCCGAGGAAAAACCCGCCGAAGAGAAGCCUGCCGAAGAGAAGCCUGCUGAGCCCAAGGCCGCUGAAGCUGAGAAGCCUGCCGAAGCUGCUGAGCCGGCAAAGACUGAGACACCUAAGCAAUAGUCUUAGGUUAGGGGCAUGAUCUAAUUUGUCUUUCGUUCUUGUUUGCGUUUGUGAUUUAGUUUUGUGUUUAUACCUAGCAUUAGAUACCCAUUCCUGCUGGGUUCCGAUAUUGUGGUUCCAUGGUGGAUUUUGUUGGUCUAAUUAUACCCUUAGUUGUUUAUGUUACGCAAUUCAAUGUUGAAUAUAUCGUCUUCGUUCAGUAAUCGA